AUGCCGCUCGUCACGCUCAUCCACAACGUCAAGGUAGAAGACACCCGCCAGCUGGCAGUCGAUUUCACCAACUUCAUAUCCGAGACAGUUAGCAAGCCCGUGACCGCUAUUAGCUUGUCCAUCGUCCACAAUCCCGACUUUGCAUUUGCCGCGACGUUCGAGCCCGCAUGCCGGCUGCACAUUAUCAACCUGUGGAACAACUCGCCGGAGAACGCUGUCAAGUGGUCCGCCGCGUUCGCGUCUUUCUUUGAGCUUAAGCUUGGCGUGCCCAAGAACCGGUAUCACAUCGCAUUCGAGGAUCCCGGCCCGGAGUAUGUUGGCGCACUUGGAUCCACCGCAGCAGCUUUGGAGGGAUAG